AUGGAACAGACGUCAUGGCAGUCUCGGGUGGUCACUGGUGGUCACUCUGGUGGGGGUGAAGUUCUGAUGUGCCAGAUGGUAAUGGGUUCUGACGAACAACACUAUCCUACAAGCACCCUCUUAUCUAUGUCUGCUACCCCAGAGAGAGGCUGGGGGGAAUGGGGGGCAGGAGGGGCUGGGGGCUGGGGGGGGCUGACAGGCACUGAUAGGGGAGACUGUUAAUAUGGCAUAUGUGGUGUUAGCAAUGAUUGACUGUCUUUAUGUCUAGUUAUUUAUGUAGGCCUACGUAGCAUUUCCUGCAGUCAGAUGACCUAGUGACCUAGAAUGUUAUUACUAUUUUUCAUAGUUUCUUAAACUCUGUGUUUCUUUGUCAAACAGUUUUGUUAUAUUUCAGUCUUCUGUGACGUAUAUAUAGUGUAAUAUUGGGAUGAAAACUCAAAAUGUAAUACAUUUCAACUCGUUAUCUGACAUGGUACAGGUGUCUUCUUUUUUUUAAGCCCAUAACCAUGUUUGUGAGGUGUAUACUUUUGUUUCAAAGUUUUGUUUAAAACUACCAAGAAACACCCUGUGUGACCCUGAUUUAGCCCGCUGCAGUAAAAUGUUAAAUGCUUCACAAAUUGUUUAUAAGCAGAAGUUUGAGCUAAACAAUUAUCAACUGCCCUUCCAGAAUGUACAUUUACACAUCUAUGUCUAUGACACGUCAUACAUCAUCCGUGUUUACUGAUGAUGAGCUAGCGUGCUUGAUGCUGGGAGUCACUGUCUUGGCAGGUGGGGUGCCCUCUGUAGAGAUUAAACUGAGGAUCUCUAGUAAGCACAGUGUUCUGCCCAUGUGUGCUAGUCUGUCUAUGUGGAGCUCCUGUAGGUUGGAGGUGGGGCCAGCUUCACUACUGGCUAGCGAUUAAAACUGAUGGAUUCUAGUUAAGCUGGUGAUCGUCAGCAGUGUGCAGGUUCGUCAGUCUUAGCUGCACUGUAGGUCUGUGAAGGAGGGCCAAGAUUAUCGACUGGAGCUGUCACAAACUGUGGUAUUUUUAGGGGGAGCAGAAGAGGGAGGGCAGAAGACGGAGACAAGUCAGAAGGAGGAGUGCGUCGAAGGUAGAGAGGAAGAAGGGAGAGAGCAGAGGAGAGAGAGAAUACAGAGAGAGAGAGGAGCGAGAGGAGAGGCUCUGCUUCUAGUCGUCUCGUACCUCAUAUCUGAUCCUCUAUGGCAUCUCUCUCUAUCUCUCAUUCGUCUCUAUCUACCUCUCUCUCUCCGUCUCUCAUGCUUUCUCCUCUUCCUCCUCUCUCCUCUUCUCUCUCUCUCUCUCUCUCUCUCUCUCUCUCCUACUCUCUCUCUCACUCUUUCUCUCUCUUUCUCUCUCUCACUCUUUCUCUCUCUCUCCCUCUCUCCCUGACAUUGACACUCAGGGUGCCUUAGGACUGGGUGACGCAAACCACCAGGCACUCAGAGUGGACUGUGUGGUCCCUGUACAGGAGCUCCAGACCCCCACCAGUUCCAGAAGCCACAGCCACCUCACUGGAUGGACAGAUACAGCAACAGGACAAGCCUUGAGAGCUGUGGAUCUGUUUGUUGCUGUUUGGAACAGAGGAUUGCAGUUGAUCAAGUCACUAAUUUAGCUUUUAUUUACCCAGGACAUCUUGAGAGACAUUCUUGUCUUAGUGAGAGAGCAGGACUGCACCAGACUACUGAGAGUGGGAAACAUAUCCCUACCAGACAGAGCAGACGACGGCCAUUUUAAGGGACGCUAAACCGGAUUUACACCUGGGUCAAAGGUCAUUCCAAUCAAAGGGGUCCAUAUCUUCUAGAACCCCGGGAAGAGAUUCUGAAGAGUGGCUGUGAUUUGUGGGCUAUAUUGUCAAUGUGGAACAGAGGAAGUGUCACUCUGGAAUCACUGGUAAGUUCCUGAUUCUCACAGUUUGUACGAUUGUAUCAUUAUUUAUUUAACCUCACCCGUGAGAGUGAACAGGAAAUUCAGCUCUUGGAGAGCACUGGAAGUGCAUUUUUAUCAACAGGGUCUUUGCCCCCAUGGUAACCAAAUAGAUAACUGGGUCAAUGGCAAUGAUCCAGUAGCAUGUACUGUAUGACAGCCUUUUGGAUGGAAAUACUGCAGCACCUAGACACAUUGGAUGCAGUGUCAAAUGCCAUGUGGUUACGUGUAAAAGAGAGUCCUCUCUGUGUUGGGAAAUAGCCUGCCUGCCAGAGAUUAAACCUAAAGCUGCUACAGACAACCUAAGAGAACAUAAACUACACCACAAUACAUUUGGAAGGCUAUAGCUAAACCUGAUAUGGGGAUACUAGUAUAGCAACAAUGACACGAUGGAUUAGGCGUUUCUAGUGUUCCCUUUUCCCGAUGUUCAAUCCCUGUGGGCAUUCAGAUUGUGAAUGUCUCUCAGGCAAGAUCAUCAACACUGGUCCAAAAAUCCCAGGAGGUAUCAUAUUUUCUUUACCCAUUUACCUUUAGUGUAUAGUAGGCUCUUAUGUUGGAGAGUAAAGGUGUACAUACUAUAUGUUACUGUGUGGAUUUUCUGUUAUCUGACACAAGGCCUCCAGGCAGUGUCUUUAUUUGGACAGACUACUUUAAAUAUUCAUCUUACUGAGCUACAGCACCAGCUGGGAGGGCUGUGGACUGCUCUGUUCUGACUGAGACUGUCAAUUCAAACCUCCACUUUAAUCUCAGAGACAUUAUCAUGGGUUGUUUACUGGGUCAACAACACCAGACUGAGGAGAAAGCACUGUCCUUCAGUGUGGGGCUGUAUUCAAUGUCCUUCUGUUAUAACAAAGCAGUGAAUACAUUGUCCGAAGCUGAUGGGUUGUAUAUAAGGCAUUAUAAACUGGGUGGUUUGAGCCCUGAAUGCUGAUUGACUGACAGCCGUGGUAUAUCAGACCGUAUACCAUGGGUAUGAUAAACAUUUAUUUUUACUGCUCUAAUUACGUUGGUAACCAGUUUAUAAUAGCAAUAAGGCACCCUGGGGGUUUGUGAUAUAUGGCCAAUAUACCACGUCCAGGCACUCUGCGUUGCGUCGUGCUUAAGAACAGACCUUAGCCGUGGUAUAUUAGCCAUAUAUCACACCCCCCCGGGCCUUAUUGCUUAAUUACGUAUAUAAGGCAUCACUAAAUACUGUGUGAGAGUUAUGUAGUAACUGUAUUAUUAAUGUACUAUGACUCAUAUCUUCUCUCCAGAUUGAUAUGAGGUAGAGACGAUCGUGUGACACAAUCAACAAGAGACUCCUACUACAGACUCAAUUUGUUUUGCCCAUCAGAGUGAGAAGAAGGGAUUGAGACAGACACAGGAAGCCAACAUGGACAUAUUCGGUGGUGCCCCCCGUGUGCUGGGCUACUCGCGCCCCGUGGUGGCACAGUGUGGCACGGACGCCGUCCUGCAAUGCAAGAUCGGCGGGGACCCUUAUCCUGAGGUGGUCUGGGAGAAGAAGAACGUACAGAUCCUGUCGGAGGGACGCUACAGGCUGUCGGAGGAGGGCAAGGCCUACUUCCUACACAUCACUGGGGUCAGGCUGGAGGACGCAGGCCAGUAUAUCUGCAAGGCCAGUAACAGCGUGGGUGAGACGUGCGCACCUGCCACACUGAAGGUGGAGGGGGACAGUCAGGAGCCAGAAGGGAUACAGAAACAGACCUGGCUGGAGAAUGGAGCGUUAGGGGGGCAACGGAAUGCAGAGUUUAAAAGGCAACAGAGCAGCGAGUUGGAGGGGCAACAGAACCAGAAUGGGGAAUAUAGACGGCAAGAGAACAGGGAGUACGGAGGGCAACAGAAUGGGGAUGUAGAGCAGCGGAACGGAGAGGUAGAUCAACAGAAUGGAGAGGUAGAUCAACAGAAUGGAGCGGUAGAGAAAGAAAAUGGAGAGGUGAGUGAGCGGGGGAAAAAGAAGCAGCGCUAUGAAGAGGAGCCCCUGCUGUCAGAUGACAGACCUCACUUCCUCAUCAAGCCCCUCUCCCUGAGGGUGGACCGGGGCGAGGACGCAGCCUUCUCCUGUAAGCUGUCUGGUAACCCUCUGCCCCAGGUGGUGUGGGAGAAGGACGGGAAGAAGCUGAGCGACAUCUUCGAGAGCGCCCACUUCAACGUCAGCAGCCAGGACGGAGGCUGGUUCCAGCUGAAGAUCUUCCGGACGCGGAUGCCCGACGGGGGUGUCUACACCUGCAGAGCCCAUAACAACCAAGGUGGGGCGCUGGCGGGCGCAGUGCUGCUUGUGGAGCCCGUCCCGGAACGGCAGGAGAGCGGGGCGUCCACGUCAAAUGGGUACAGCAACGGGCAGACAUCACCUCGUAGUAUGAGGCACAGGAUGGGGAGACACGGCUCGUCGAGACAGCCGGACGAGCCCAAUCUGAACUCGUCCAAUGUGAAGAAGUUUACGGUGUCGGAGGGAAAACAUGCUAAGUUCCGCUGCUUCGUGACGGGGAAACCUAAGCCUGAGAUCAUCUGGAAGAAAGACGGAGUGCCCCUAGAGGCUGGGAGGCGUCACCUUCUGUUUGAGGAUAGAGAGGGCUACUACACGCUCAAAGUGAUGUACUGUAAACAUCAGGAUACAGGGCUCUACGUGUGUGCUGCGUCCAACGCUCUGGGACACACCCUCAGCUCUGUUUACCUGACUGUCAAAGGUAGGCCUUGAGCAGUGUGUCAUGACUUCUCUUAAUUUCUCUUCCUUCUUACAGAUGUAGGAUCUUUAUUUGAGCCAGUUUCCUGCAGCAAUAAGAAACGUGAAUUAUUAUGUGGAUUAUAAUUAAUGGACAUUUUUGUAGGUCUUGAGACCUUUUUCCCAAGGGAAAAUCACGUUUUAAAUUUCAAAGUGGAAAUUACAAACUUCAGAAGCCUUUUUAAACCUCAAAUACAGUUUUUAAUUUCAGGCAUUGCCGGAAGGUUCUCCUGUAACAGGGUGAUCAAAUUAAGAUCCUACAUCUGUACCAUCAUUCUUUCUUUCCUUAAUUCAUUCCUUCACCAUGAUGAUCAACAAUCAGGUUGGAUUGAAACAAUAAAAGCAUGCUCUCACCCCCCUAAUUUGAUCGUCGUUUUGAAGAAAUAACAUUGCUAGUCAGGAACAUACAGCACCUCCUACUUCAUAUAAUUGCCAUGGAGAGAGAGUUAGAUCUUCAGCUGUCACAACUAAUUGCUCUAUAGAGAGUUCAGUAGAUUGUGGAAAUGCAUUGCUAAAAGAUCACAGUUGAGUCACGCACGUAAUUGGUAAUUGUUUAGUCAUCAUUAUAGGAUAAUCCCAGGGUGAUCCAGCCAUAGCACAGCACACUGAGUUAGCUGGCCACAUAAAUUAAAUGGCAUCUGUCUCGUCUAGGCAUCCACAUCCCUAAUCUACCAGGGAGUUAUUGCCAUAGAGUCUUGAUUAAUGGAGAUAAACAGGGGUCUUCCUACCCCUACCUCCCUCUUCCUACCACUAAUUCCCCCCUCCCCCUAGCUUCCCGUCUCUCCCUACCUCCUGCAUGUCUCCCCUGCUCACCCCACUGCCUCCAUGUGUCCCCCCCCCCACCCCACCCUAGUCUCUUCCCCCUCCCCCUAGCUUCCCUUCUCCCCCUACCUCCUGCAUGUCUCCCCUGCUCACCCCACUGCCUCCAUGUGUCCCUACCUCCCCCCUAACUUCCCUUCUCUCCCUACCUCCUGCAUGUCUCCCCUGCCCACCCCACUGCCUCCAUGUGUCCCUACCUCCCCCCUAGUCUCUUCUCCCCUCCCCCCUAACUUCCCUUCUCCCCCUACCUCCUGCAUGUCUCCCCUGCUCACCCCACUGCCUCCAUGUGUCCCUAUAUUUAGAGGCUGAAUUAUGAGCUGGGGUAUGUGUCCUGUAUGUGUCCUGAAUACAGAUUUUCUGCUGUGUUGUUGACCAUGUUGACCACGGCCAAAGUCACAGCAAUGCCGAUAGAUUGGAAGAAAUAACCUUAAAAGUUUACUAUAAAUGUAGUUGAAAUACUGUAUGUUGAAAUCCUGUAAUCAAUCAUAGCAUAAGUCAUACCGUAGCUCAUGAAAUGUGUUAUACCUUGAUCAAAACUGAACUGUGCCUAAAGCACUGUAAAAACAACCUAAUAUGUGCAUUAAGCACUGUAAAAACAGCCUAAUAUGUUCAUUAAGCACUGUAAAAACAACCUAAAAUGUGCAUUAAGCACUGUAAAAACAACCUAAUAUGUGCAUUAAGCACUGUAAAAACAACCUAAUAUGUGCAUUAAGCACUGUAAAAACAACCUAAAAUGUGCAUUAAGCACUGUAAAAACAACCUAAAAUGUGCAUUAAGCACUGUAAAAACAACCUAAAAUGUGCAUUAAGCACUGUAAAAACAACCUAAUAUGUGCAUUAAGCACUGUAAAAACAACCUAAAAUGUGCCUAAAGCACUGUAAAAACAACCUAAAAUGUGCAUUAAGCACUGUAAAAACAACCUAAUAUGUGCAUUAAGCACUGUAAAAACAACCUAAUAUGUGCAUUAAGCACUGUAAAAACAACCUAAAAUGUGCAUUAAGCACUGUAAAAACAACCUAAAAUGUGCCUAAAGCACUGUAAAAACACUACACAGAGACAUAGUGCAAUAUGUUUACCAGACAGUGUAUAAACCAAUCCAUUUCACAACCAACUCACUACCUCCCUUUCCACCUGUGUGUAGCUCCAGCGGUGCGGUUCAGGCGGUCGCUGCAAGACGUGGAGGUGAGAGAGAGGGGCAUGGCCGUGUUGGAGUGUGAGGUACCUAAUGAGGGCAUCCCUACAGCCUGGUACCUGGAGGACCAGAGACUGCAGCCAGGGGGUAAAUACGCCAUAGAGCAGAAAGGAACCAGACACAGGCUCACUAUCCGAGAUGUAGGAGCGGACGACGAUGGGGUCUAUCUCUGUGAGAUGCCUGACGGAGGGAAGAGUAUCGCUGAGCUGGCCGUCAAAGGUAGGUAGACAUCUUAUAGUAUGGAAGAAGUAUGGUAGUGUCUCAUUCACUCAUUUAAUACAGUCUAGGAAAUACAUCUUUGAGCAUCAGAACUAUUGAAACAAUGUUAUUCCAAAAUGUUGUUUCUUAUGUUUUUCAAUGUUUUCAAGUUAUUUUCUAUGAAUCAUACCAAACCCAAUUAUUUUGCUCCAGGAUAUACAGCCAUACAGUACAUGACCCUCUACUCUCUUUUCUCCUCCACAGGUACAAUUGUAAAAAAACUUCCUCGAAAACUAGACGUGUUGGAGGGGGAGAACGCAGCGUUCUGUGUGGAGGUAGAGGAGGAGGACAUGGAUGUCCACUGGUUCAAAGACGGGCUGAAGCUACGCGAGAGUCACCAGACUAUUCUCAAGUCCUUUGGUAAAACCCACAUCCUGGUGUUCGUCAACGUCUGCCACGGGGACACUGGGGUCGUGACCUUCGUUGUGGGAAGAUCCAAGACCUCGUCCCGGCUCAGAGUCAAAGGUAAGGUGGAUGUCGACAAAAGUGACCCAUGGACCCUUAACAUAGGGACUUUCCAAAUCAAAUCAAAGUUUAAUCGUCAUGUACAUGUUAUUAUUAUUAUUAUUAUUAUUAUUAUUAUAUUACACAGUUUACAGUGAACUUUUUAUUUAUUUACCCAUGUAGAUCCAAAAGGACUAGAACGGCAGUAUGGUGGAAACCCCAGUUAUAUUGUGCAACAUAAUCCUAAUGUAGCUGCUCGAGACUAACAAACGUACGACUGACUACAAGCAUUAUGGCAACCGUUACUCACCUACUUUGUACCUUUACCCCUGUUUCGGCUUUCUCCCCAGCUGCCAGACACAGCCCUCCCAUCUGUCCAGUGGGGGUGGAGAUGGAUGUGGACAGGCCAAACAGUGUGCUCCUCUCCUGGGAGCCAGCCCCCACCAGCCAGACCACCACACGCUCCGUCUAUGUCCUGGAGAGACAGGAGGUGGGAUCACAGGAGUGGCUGAGGUGUGCGACCUCCGACACGGCGACCUCUGCAGAGGUCAUGGGCGACAGUGUGCCAUGCGAGGGCGACUACCGCUUCCGUGUCUGCUGCAUCAAUAAGUAUGGUCGUAGUGGACACGUGGAGUUCCCUAAAGCCGUCCAUCUUGGUGAGCGCUGAAUUUGAGAGAAAUCAUGUUUAUGUGAUCUGGGAUGAAAGACUGUCAUGCACCAUGGUAUUUGUGUACCCUCAUUGGACGUGCACUACUUUUGAACUGUCACCACCCCCUCCCUCCCCCAGUGCCAGGUCCCAAGAUCAGGACCCCUCUCCAGGGCUGUGAGGUGACGGAGGGGGAGGACGCCCUGUUCUCCAUCGAUCUGUCAGUGAUGGUGACGGGCACCUGGUUUCUGAACAGUACUCAACUACAGGACAGCCAACGCUACUCUAUCCAACAGGCCAAGACACAGCACUCCCUGGUCAUCCACAGCGCCAGGGUGGAAGACCAUUUGGCAGAGGUCACCUUCAUCGCCAACGGAGUCAGAGACUCAGCGGUUCUCAAGGUUCAAGGUAGGUGUUGGAGAACGGUGGACUGUAAAGAGAAAUAACAUGAAAAUGGCGUCAAGUUAGACAAUCUGUAUUCAGGAGGCCUUAUAACUAGGACUGUUUUAACAUUUACAUUAGGAUUUUUUGUACUGUAAUGAUAUGCAAUUACAUGAUAUUACAAUACUGAAUACUGCUUGAGCAUCUUUUUCGGGUAAUGAUUCCAUUCCAGCUGCGGUGGUGAAGUUCAGCCCAAUAUCAGAGUCAGACAGUAACAAGAGGGUGGAGACUGGUGACCCUGUGGUCCUGUACUGUGAGGUGUCCCACCCCUCAGCCAGGGUAGGCUGGUUCAAGGAUGGGGUGGAGCUACAGGUGACAGAUGGCCUCAACAUCCAAUCAGAAGGCAAUAUGAGGAGGAUCGUUAUCCAGUUGGCUGAGUUCACAGACUCUGGUGUGUACACAUGCGAGACGAUGGGUGAUGUCAUCAAAUUCAACGUGGAGGUUGAAGGUGAGUUGCUGUAUGUCAUGUUUGGUCGUCAUGGAGAUCAUUAACAUGCACUCUCAACCAGAAAUGUUACAUUUUCCACAUAAACAUCAACCUUCUAUACUGGAGGUUUUUCAUAAGUUUGACCAUCUCUUUAACCCUCCCGUUGUCCUAGGGUCAAAAUGACCCGCCACUGUGUUGAACCAACUUUAUUUAAUUUUUAUAUUUUUGGGAUCAUUUGUGAGAAGGAGGCAGUGAGACUUUAAAUUCACAACACAACCCAAUAAGGUUUUAAUUUCACAUGAAUUUAUUCAACCAUGGCUAUGAUGUCACACUGAUUCAUGCUGACGAUCACGCAAGCUAACUGAGCAUCCCAUAUCUGCCACCUUAACCAAUCACCCAUAACACCCUUAGCUGCGCGAGCCAUGUUCUCCCACCUCCCUGAAGAAGGGAGGACCAAGGCCGUUGAGGCUGGCGAGCCCAUCGUUCUCCACUGUGACCUAUCAGACCCAUAUGCCCAGGUCUACUGGUACAAAGAUGGUGAGCAGAUCUUCAACCUGCCUGGUGUAGACUUUCAGGAGGAUGGGCGUACAAGGACGUUGAUUAUCCAAUCGGCUGACUUCUCCCACUCGGGCAUUUACACGUGUCGGACAGCUGAUGAUGUCAGUGUGUUUCAGGUGGAGGUCAAAGGUGAACAACGGAGAUUGCUGUUUUGUGUUUCCUCCGUUUCCUCAGAGGGAAUCCUAAUACUGUGCUGUACAUCCUCUCUGCCGGCUAGUCAUCUUCUGUUGUUGUUGUUAUUGACAGGAUUCUCUUGGUCCUGUAACCCAGUGUGGUGUCUUCUGUUCUAAAACAAAUGCAAGUUUGAAAAUGUUCUCUGAGUCUUUCUCUAACCUGUUUUUCAUCCCCCUUUCUUUCCUCUCACUCACUGUCCUAAUCUUUCUCUAUGUGUAUCUGAACAAACCUCUGGAAGAGCAUGCUUAGUUUGAUCACUCUGUAGCAAAACAUUCCACUACUCACUCCAACCCCUCCAAUCCAGCAAGCCUCCUCAUCCAAACCACAACCAACGCUAACUCUAACCAUGACCAUCCAAACUCUCCAGGUAGUUCACCACCUCCCUCUCCCCCUCUCUCUCUCUCCCCCUACCAGGUCCCCCUGUGCAGUUCAGUGAGAUCCCUGAGGAGGAUCUCCAAAAGUCUGCUAUGGAGCUGGAUGCUGUGGUGCUCACCUGUGAGGUUUCCAGAGAGGACGCCAAUGCUACCUGGUACACAGCUAACAUACACACCGCUAGGAAACACAAACUGGAUGUCAUUAUCCUUUGUGAUUUGGAGUCAUUUCUGCUUAGACUAUCGUUCAUUUAGUGGGAUCUGAUCAUGUUCAGACUGUAAAAAAUCUAAGUAUGCUUAUUACGAAGUUUCAAAAAAUUGCUAGAGCCGUGUUGGCCAGUGUGGGUUCAGGCUUUUGUUCCAGCCAAGCAGCAUCAUACCUGAUUCAACUAAUCAGGAACGCUGAAGGAUCAUUGUCCUGUCCGUCAUGACCUUACUCCAGGUAUAAGGAUGGGGUUGAGGUCCAGGCCAGUGAUAACAUCACCAUACAAACUGAGGGCACCAUGAGGAGACUGAUCAUCCGUUGUGCUGAGACCUCAGACGCAGGGACAUACAGCUGUCAAUCAGGAGACAACAGCCUCUCAUUCACUGUCAACAUCAAAGGUAUGUACUGUACACUAGCCUAACUGCUUUCAUGUCAUGUAGCCGGUGAAGUUGGCUCCAUUGCAUAGAGCAAAAACGAGACUUUGAUGAUGAUGCAAACUUCAAUUCUCCUAUCCUGGUCGUAGAAUAGGCUCAUCCAUAUACUCCUUUUUCCUUCUUGAAACCAAGAGCCUCCAGUGAUGAUCGUGGAGCCCAAGGAGGACGUGGUUAUGGAGGGUCACAUCUCUGAGCAGGUGGUGCUGCAGUGUGAGCUGUCCCGCUCCAGCGGUGAGGUCCACUGGUUUAAGGACGGCCUUCAGGUCCUGGAGACGGAGAACGUCCAGCUGACGUCAGAGGGACCGUACAGGAGGCUGACCGUGCUCUGCGGCUCGGCAGAAGAUUCCGGAGAGUACGUCUGCGACACGGAUGGAGACUCUGUGUUCUUCCAGGUCACCAUCACAGGUAAAAUAAUCCAAGGUUCCAUACCUGGUUCAUUUGUUGUGAGUGGUAGUAUAUUCAUUUUUUGGGAUCUACUACUAAAUCAAUCCCCCUUAUAAGAAGACAACUAUUUAAUUGACCUUUUUUACACUAUUAUACUAUUUCAUUAUCAACCUUCUAUUUAAAUGUAACAAAAUGCUUCCUUUUAAAUCCAAGUUUUUCUCUCUUUCUCAGAGCCUCCGGUGCGAAUCGUCUCCCCCACUGAGUCUGAGCUGGAGCUGACCAGCCUGACCUCUGAGAGGCUGGAGCUCAGCUGUGAGAUCUCCCAGCCCGAUGCCCAGGUACGGUGGUACCGAGACGGGCUGGAGGUGGAGCAGAGUGCCUCUCUCAUCCUGGAGGUCCAGGGAGCCCACAGGAAACUGGUCAUCCCCACGACCACUGUGGAGGACACAGGAGAGUAUGUGUGUGACACAGAGGAUAACUCGGUCACAUGGCUGGUCACUAUUACAGGUAUGUAUGUACAGUAUGAAAAAUGUAUGCACUCACUAACUGUAAGUCGCUCUGGAUAAGAGCGUCUGCUAAAUGACUCAAAUGUAAAUGCAAAUGUAAAUGUAUGUGGUCAGUGAACUAACUCUGUUGAGCAUAAGAGGUUUAGCUAUGUCAGGGUCAUGUAUUUCAAUCUUUGAUUUUGUAUUUUUCAUCUGUCAGAUGAAUGGAUAUAAUUUUAUUAAUAUAACUGUUCACAAUGAUUUCCUAUAAAUACAGGAAGUUAGAUUGUUGUUUUGAUGUAUUGCUUUCUGCUGUCUGCUAAUUUCCCAUAUUGCAAUAUUCUGGUCAAAUAAUAGAAAUUAACCAUAUAAAUCCCCUCCUCGCAGAGCCUCCUGUGAAGCUGGCCCGCCCUGAGACAAUGUCUGACGUAAUGGACUGUUUCUCUGGAGACCCCAUCGUCCUGGAGAUUGAGGUGUCACGGUUCAACGCUGAGGUGAUCUGGAUGAAGGAUGGAGGAGAGGUGGAAGAGAGCAGUGAUGUCUCCAUCACUGAGGACGGACUCAUCCGCCGCCUCACCAUCCGCACACCCGCCCCAGGGGAUUCUGGGAAAUACACCUGUCUUGCCUCAGAUGACCUUAUCGACUUCCAGGUCAAGGUGUCAGGUAAGAGAUGGAGGUGAAUUAAGCAUUAUACAUCUACCAAAUGUUGGUACUUUGUUUUCACACAAUUCCAUUUCAAUUCAAUCAGGAGAUUAUAAAAAAUUCUAAUACAAAAAUUGAAAAACAGAUUAAGAAGAGAAGAGAUUAUUUAAUGUCCUAAAUUGACUGAAUUAUAUUGGAAUUGACUCUCCAAUUGUGAACAUUCUCCCGCCAGAGCCCUCAGUGAAGAUCGUGAAUAGGUCAGAGGUGAAGACAGAGGUCAAGUCCCUGCUCUCUGAUGACAUCGAGCUUGAGUGUGAACUCUCCCUGGCCAAUGCCGUUGCUAAGUGGUACAAAGAUGGCCGCCGGUUAAAUACGGACGAGAGGUUCUGUGAGGAGGAAGAAGGGGCGUUCCGGUCUCUAGUGAUCCUUAACGCUGAGCUGGAAGAUUCCGGAGACUACUUCCUGGAUGCCGGAGAUGACAACAUCACCUUCCAUGUCACUGUGCAAGGUAAAGAAUCACUUUGUCACAAAUCAACUCCUAUCUGCUAUCCCCUAACCCUUAACCCCUACCCCCUACCCCUAUGUACUUGUAGAGAUCUUAGAGGAUUGCAUAUGUGUAAAACUAAGCAAUAUAGUGAAAAUAAUUCAUCCUAGCCUUUCAGAGGGCAAGGUGGAUCUGUUGACAUUUUGAUAAUACCUAUGAAAUCUGCAUCUGAUUUAAAUCAACAAAAAAACGUAAGUCUCUUCCUCCUUCUCCAGAGCCUCCAGUGACCAUCCUGGGGAACUCUGAGGACGCAGACUACCAGGAGAUGGUUGCCGGGGACGACCUGAUCCUGGCCUGUGAGGUGUCCCGGGCCAAUGCCCCUGUCCAGUGGUACUGUAAUGACAGACAGCUGACUAGCGAUGACCGGACCUACAUCGAGAGCUACGGCACGCUGAGGAAACUCAUCCUCUCUGACGUCCUGCCCUCCGACUCUGGGAAGUACAUGUGUGAUGCUAUCGAUGACAAGAUGGUCACCAUGGUGAAGAUCCAAGGUAAUUGGCUGGGCUAUAUGGACAAAGGGGUGUUUACAGUCUUACAGAUGUAGGAUCUUAAUUUGAGCCAGUGUGCUACAGCAGGAAAAUAAUCUGCAGAUACAGGAAAUGUGAAUUAUUAUGUGGAUUAUAAUUCAUUGAUUUUUUUGUUGUAGGAGUUGAUACAUGUUUCGGUAGGGUAAAUCAAGUCUGACAUUUUAAAGUGGAAAUUACACACUUUAGAAGCCUUUUGUGUAGGAAAACAAAAGAGUGAUCAAAUUAAGAUCCUAAAUCUGUAGUCGAAACGAGGCCAUGUCUACAGUAGAAUAAACUUUAACUUUAAAAUAUAUACUAUAUACUAUAGGAUGUGAACCUUUUCUUUUACACCUUCUCUCAUUCUUUAAUUUCUCUCUCUUCCCUCUCUCGCUCUCUCUCGCGCUCUCGCUUUCUCUCUCUCUUUUGCUCUCUCUCUCGCUCUCUCUCUCUCUCUCGCUCUCUCUCCCAGACUCCCCCGUCACCUUCGUAAACAAACAGGCAGUGAACAUCAUCACGGGUUACGAGGCAGAGAGCGUGACGCUGAUGGGGGUCGUGUCUAAGGAGAACGCUCCCGUUCGCUGGCUCAAGGACUGGACGCCCGUCACAGGGGACCGCUUCCACACGGGGGUCGACGGCGCCACCCGGUUCCUCACCAUUGACCCGCUGAGACGAUCGGACAGCGGAGAGUACACCGUAGACGCCAACACAGACGAGAUGCAUUUCAGUCUGCUAGUCAAAGGUUUUUAACUUCCAUGUUCCCAUUCUGUCUUUAUCUAAGUAGCUGUACAUUAGGGGGGAGUACUGUAUUUCUUUAACCAACAGAGCUUAAUAUGAUGCUAUAAGCCAAAUCCCAAUAAGAAAAGUUGACAGAAAAAAGCUGUUGUGAAUGACAAGCUGUUGUGAAUGACUAAAGCAAGUCUUGUAAAGCACUGUGGGGUUGAAAGAAUGCACUAUGAAUGGGGUUUCAGAGGGCGAUAGAAGGUAUCACCAAUCUUAACACCUCUCUCUCACUUGUGGUCUCAGAGAUGAGGGUGAAGUUUGCCAGGCCGCUCCACGACACCGUGGCCCAUGCGGACGGCAUGGUGACCAUACGCUGUGAGGUGUGUAAGCCCAAGGCGGAUGUCCAGUGGCUGAAGGACGGCGUGGAGAUCGUCCCCGGCCGGAGGUUCACCAUCCGGGCCGACGGCGUGGAACGCAGCCUGACCAUCCACAGGCUGACCAGGGAGGACACGGGGGAGUACGCCUGCGAGUCCAAGGACGACCGCACCGCCGCCAGGCUCAGAGUCGAGAGUAAGUAGUACAGCCCUCAAAAUGGGUGCAGGUUUUGGUUCCAGCCCAGCAAUAAUACCCUUGAUUCAUGUCAUCAACAAACCGUCGAGCCCUUCAUUAGCUGAAUCAGGUGUGUUUGUGUGCUGUCAGCCACCUGAUAAUCUCUCACACUCUUUCUUUCUUUCUUUCCUUCUCUCCCUCCCCUCUUUGCUCUAUCCCUCCAUUCCCCCCUCCUCUUCCUCCCUCUCUCUCCCCUCCUCCCCCCAGUGCCCCGCGUGGUAGAGUUCUUGACAGAGCUCCACAACACCAUGGUGUUAGAGGGAGAGGACGCCACCUUUAAGUGCGUUGGUGUCGCCAGAGGACGUGCAGCUGGUGUGGGUGAUGGACGGAGAGCCCAUCGUCAUGGGCGACCGUUUCCAGGCGACGCAGAACGGCCUGUGUCACACCCUGGUGAUCAAGAACUGUCAGAUCCUGGACUCCUCUAAGAUCACAGUGGAGGCUGAGGGGAACGAGUCUAAGGCCACCCUCAAAGUACAGGGUGAGUCCACGGCAGACCUGGGUCAAAUACAUAUGGCAAAUACUUUCAAAUGCACUUGUUUAGGUUGACCUGAGUGUCAGAUGGGAGCAGGCAACUCUCACAAGGUUGUUGUUGUAAAUGAGAAAGUGUUCUCAGUCAACAUUCUUACUUAAAUUACUCAAACAAAGCCUAAGGAAGUGGAUUACCAUACAAAUGUGUAUUUUUAGUGAACCAUUCCUUAAACUGUUUUGUCCUUCCUGUGUUGUCCAGAAGCUCAGGUGAUCUUCACUAAGAAGAUGGAUGCAGUGAUGGCUGAGGAGUACGGAGACGCUACCAUGGAAACAGAGGUCAGUCUGGACACGGGCGAGGUCCAGUGGAUGAGGCAGGGAGUGGUCAUCCAGCCAGGACCCCGACACACCCUGGGCCAGAGCGGACGCAAACGCAGCCUGACCAUCUGCAACCUCAACCUCUCUGACCGCGGAACCUACCGCUGUGAAACCCUGCACGACCGCACGCAGGUCAAACUCAACGUGGAGCGUAAGGCAAUGUCCAAACACGAUGCCAUACUUACUAAUAUUAAUAUGAUUUCAUCAGUUAGAGUAAUGAACCAAAGUAUUCAACACUAGGGCAUUGUCCUGUUAUGCAAUAGCUGAUAAAACAAUAGCUUGAGUCCUGGAUUCUAUUUGCAACUUCUUUGCCUUUAAAUAUAGUAGCUGUCAACAACAGCUAAAAUGAAUGUUGGCCUUCACUAUCAUGUAUGGUGCCGCCAGCCGUCAGACACUAAAAUAACUAUGGGUAAAGCUCUGUGGGUGAGAGAUGGAUGAUGGUGAUGAAGUGUUGGUAUGUCAUCUUACAAUAGUAGCCUAUAAACUAUAGAGGGAUGCUGUGGCAAAAAUGGCUCCUGGCUUUAGGUAUGUUAUCUUUUAACCAUCUGUCAAUGUCUCUACCUCUACAGCCCGUAAGAUCGCCAUCCGCAAGGGUCUGCUGGAGACGGAGACGUUUGAGCGGGAGACGGCCUCCUUCGAGGUGGAGCUGUCUCACACUGAUGUGGAGGGCAUCUGGCAGAAGGACGGCAUCCGGGUCAAACCCAGCAACCACUGGCGGGUGAGCUGCAACGGGCUGGUCCACGGCCUCACCCUGUCCAACCUUACCCUGGAGGACACGGGCACCAUCGUCUUCUCUGCAGAGGGACUCCGGACCUCUGCCAGGCUCACUGUCAAAGGUGAGGUAUCAUCAUCAUCAGCAGCAAUCAAUCAAUUUAUAAAGCCCUUUUUAUAUCAGCAGAUGUCACAAAUCAAACCGAACCUAAAACCCAAAACAGCAAGCAAUGCAGAUGUAGAAGCACGGUGUCCAGGAAAAACUCCCUAGAAAGAUAGGAACCUAGGAAGAAACCUAGAGAGGAAUCAGGCUCUGAGGGGUGUCCUCUUCUGGCAGUGCCGGGUGGAGAUUAUAAGAGUACAUGGCCAUUAAGGACAGAUCGUUCUUCAAGAUGUUCAAACGUUCAUAGAUUUUUACAUUUACAUUUACGUCAUUUAGCAGACGCUCUUAUCCAGAGCAACUUACAAAUUGGUGCAUCCAACUUAUGAUAGCCAUUUUUUUAUGGGGGGGGGGGGGGGGGGGGGGUGGUAGAAGGAUUACUUUUAUACUAUUCCAGGUAUUCCUUAAAGAGGUAGGGUUUCAAGUGUCUCCAGAAGGUGGUCAGUGACUCUGCUGUCCUGGCGUCGUGGGGGAGCUUGUUCCACCAUUGGGGUGCCAGAGCAGCGAAUAGCUUUGACUGGGCUGAGCGGGAACUGUGCUUCCAUAGAGUUAGGGGGGCUAGCAGGCCAGAGGUUGAUGAACAUAGUGCCCUCGUUUGGGUGUAGGGUCUGAUCAGAGCCUGAAGGUAAGGAGGUGCUGUUCCCCUCACAGCUCCGUAGGCAAGCACCAUGGUCUUGUAGUAGAUGCGAGCCUCAACUGGAAGCCAGUGGAGUGUGCGGAGGAGCGGGGUGACAUGAGAGAACUUGGGAAGGUUGAACACCAGACGGGCUGCAGCGUUCUGGAUAAGUUGUAAGGGUUUAAUGGCACAGGCAGGGAGCCCAGCCAACAGCGAGUUGCAGUAAUCCAGACGGGAGAUGACAAGUGCCUGGAUUAGGACCUGUGCCGCUUUCUGUGUAAGGUAGGGUCGUACUCUGCAAAUGUUGUAGAGCAUGAACCUGCAGGAUCGGGUCACCGCUUUGAUGUUAGCGGAGAACGACAGGGUGUUGUCCAGGGUCAUGCCAAGGUUCAUUGCACUCUGGGAGGAGGACACAAUGGAGGUGUCAACCGUGAUGGCAAGAUCAUGGAGCGGGCAGUCCUUCCCCGGGAGGAAGAGCAGCUCCGUCUUGUCGAGGUUCAGCUUGAGGUGGUGAUCCGACAUCCACACUGAUAUGUCUGCCAGACAUGCAGAGAUGCGAUUCGCCACCUGGUUAUCAGAAGGGGGAAAGGAGAAAAUGUAUUGUGUGUCGUCUGCGUAGCAAUGAUAGGAGAGACCAUGUGAGGAUAUGACAGAGCCAAGUGACUUGGUGUAUAGAGAGAAUAGGAGAGGGCCUAGAAUUGAGCCCUGGGGGACACCAGUGGUGAGAGCACGUGGUAGGAGCGACCUGUCAGGUAGGACGCAAUCCAAGAGUGAGCAGCGCCGGAGAUUGACCAGCAGGGUCAAAUAAUAAUCACAGUGGUUGUAUAGGGUGCAACAGGUCAGGGCCUCAGGAGUAAAUGUCAGUUGGCUUUUCAUAGGCGAGCAUUCAGAGGUCGAGACAACAUGUGUGGUAGAGAGAGAGAGUGGGAGGGAGAGAGGGAGAGGGAGAGGGAGAGAGAGGGUCGAGGGUCGAGAACAUCAUCAUGAUUAUCCAGUUAUACAGGGUCUCUAACUCUGGAGAUCUGUGGCUGGAUUGGAUGUUAUAGUAUAGAAUGUUUCUUAAUAUUUCUUCCAUGUUGUUGUUCUUUCCCAGAGACUCCAGUGACUAUCAUGAAGAAGCUGGUAGACAUGAGACUGGAGCAGGGCUCUCCUGCCACAUUGGAGUGUGAGUUGUCCAGACAGAACGUGGAGGUCAGGUGGCUGAAGGUAAUAGAUAUACAACCAAUUGUCAUAUUUGUGUCAGUAGUGUAUUACCAUGUUAUAUAGAAAUGGGACAGACAGGAAGUAAACAGUUUCGAUCUCAUUAAAUGUGUGUUGUCUAUCCCUGAGAAUACAGUAAUAAUGUCUGUCCCCUGUCUUUCGUCUUGACUGUAGAAUGGGACAGAGCUGAAGCCAGGGAAGACCCAGUACCGUAUUUACUCCAUGGGGAGGAAGAGGUUCUGUCAACUGCUGCAGUGUAGCCUCUCUGAUGCAGGCACCUACACCUGUGACGUAGGAGACAUCAAUACAUCCUGUAACCUGGAGGUCUAUGGUAAUAUACUGUACACUCUCCUUAUCAAAGAACAGUCUUCAUUUAAAGUGCAUGUAAAACAUCUCAGUACUCUCACCAACAUUACUCUUCAUGGACCUCUAGUGUUCAGUUAUAGUGCUACAUUUUGACUGGAAGGCUGAAACAGGCCACCACAGCCAACCUUGUACUGUAUGCUACUGCCACCUAAAGGUCAUGGCUGUCUGACUAAUGCUCUUACAUUGUUGGCACGGUUACACGUGCACACUGUUACUAGUGUCAAUGUUCCUAUGUGUUGAACCAAUCUUGCAAUCUCCCUCCACAGAGCCUGAACUGGAGGUGCUACAUGGGCUGGAGGACCUGUAUGUCCAGGAGGACCAGAACGCUGUGUUCAUGUGUGAAGUGUCCAUUGAGGACGUGACUGGAGAGUGGUACAAGGAUGGACACAAGAUACGACCCACUAGCACCAUCAAGAUACGCACAGAGGGUUAGUGAUACAUCAGUCAAUCAAUCAGUCAAUCAAUCAAUUAAUUCAUCAAUCCAUCAAACUUCAUGAUUGCAUUGAAGAAUUUGUUCUUAAUUGGCCUGCCUGGUAAAGGUAAAAUAAAACAUAUAAUAAAUAAACAUUGAAAUUCUGUGCAUUCAUUGAAAGUUUGUGUUUCUUCCUUCAGGGACCAAACACUUCCUUCUGAUGUGCAGCGUUAAAGCUGAGGAUUCUGGGAAGAUCCGCUUUGUGGCCAAACAGACAGAAUCAACAGCCUACCUAGAGGUGGAAGGUAGGGCUUUACCUACCGGGCUGCAGGUCUACCUUACCUAUCUCUGUGUGAUGUUCCAGCUGAUCCAACAUCAGUUAUUAUAAGCAGACAGAAACCCAAACCUCUGUUGUGGGUGACAGAACUCCCUGUGUCCAUGAUCUGACCUCAAAUCAGUUCUCUUCACUGAAAUAUAUUUUCUUAUCUUUUCUCACAGAGGCCCCUGUGUCUAUCGUGAAGCCUCUGCGAGACCGCACGGCUCUGGAGAAGCACCGCGUGAUUCUGGACUGCAACGUGUCCACGCCGCGCUGUGAGGUCACAUGGUACAGAGGCAAGGCAGAGCUGGUGUCUUCUGAUAGGCUAGAGAUCCACAGCGACGGCUGCUACCAUAAACUGACCAUCCACGAGGCGACUGUAGAGGACGAGGGUACCUAUAGUAUAGAGGUUGGGGAGCACACGUCCACAGCCCAACUCCUGGUGGAAGGUGAGUGGAUGGUGGUUUCUUGUGAAACAAGAUGUCUGUAUUGACAUAUUGUUGCUGUUUUUUGGGGCUCUUUCUUUUUUUGACUUACCCCUCUGUCACUUUAUUCCUCUCCAUCUUUCACCUUACCUUUUCACAUUUCUCUCUCACCCUCACACACGUAGAAUGAUGUUCCUAACCUUUUGUGGAAAAAGUGACCCAUCUCUUUUAACCCUCCUUCCCACUCCCCCUCUCUCUCCAUCGCCUUGCCUCUCCAGCCCAGUCCCUGUUGAUAGAGACAGAGCUGGAGGAUGUGGAGGUGACAGCUCCUGACCAGGCCUGUUUCCAGUGUGAGGUGUCCGUGGCCAUCAGCAGGCCCCCAGUGUGGACUCUGAAUGGGGAGACCAUCCAGUCCAGCCCCGAGGUCCGCUUAGAGAACCAUGGAACCGUCCACAAACUGACCCUGAAAAAGACCAGACCCGACAUGAGCGGGACGGUUACCUUCGCCAUGGGAAAGGCCAAGAGCAGAGCCAAACUGAACGUGAUGUGGAAGUAGAGGCAAGAAAGGGGGAGAGAAUGGGAUGUCUGGAUUCUGUUAUGGUCAGGAAUCAAACGUCUGUGACUGUUUUAGGGUUUGAAGGUACUAUAUAGGAAUGCCAUCGAUCUGAACUAGUAAAGCUGUAUGUAAUGAGCGAGACAGAAAAGUGGAAUGUGAUGAUGAAAUGUGGUACUUAGGCCCCAAACAACUGUUUCAGGAUCAGUUUAGAUGUUUUACUCAUAAUGGUUGGGGUUAUGAGCAAAGCUUAUCUUCAGUCAGUUGUAAAGGGCAGAAAGUAACCUUGGAGAGAAAUGUUAAGGGUGGAUUCCAGUCAGGUCAAAGGUCAAAUCGGUAUGCAACACUCUUGGGUGUUUGAAGGUGCUAUAAUGGUUUAUAAUGGUGGGUAUGAAUGCCUGUGUGUAUGGAUAGAAAGAAAUUGUACACGUCUGUUACAUUUAUUUGGAAAAUAUAUUGGAUUGGAAAAUAACAUUUUAGUUCUAUAAUUAAGGAAAAAUAAACGUUUCUAAAGAUGUUGUAAUAUUUUCCCUAUGGUCAUUAAAUACUGACAUCCAUAGUUUGAAUGAAGGGUUUUAUCCAAUAAAACUGUAAGCCAAUAUCUUAGGAUAGAGCUUAAAAAUAUAUUGUUACUUCUGAAUAUGCUUCGAUGUCAAAUCUAGGCUUUUUGUAUUGCUGAGGAUAGAGUACCUGAACACAAAAGCACUUGCACUGGUUAUUCAAUUAUGUUGGAUUUAUGGAAGAUAUCAUAAUUAAACAGUUCAAUACAAUUUGGUAUGAUAAAAAGACGUGUCACAAACUAAGUUACAGCUAUUCAAUCAUAAGUCACAUUAAUAACCCAUAAUAUAUUAAUUUCCUUUUUGUUUGCUUUAUUACAGUGCAAAACAAAAUAUACAUAUAUGUGUAUAAUAUAUGCAUAUAUUAUUUCAUGUGUUUCAAUACAGGAAAAAGAGGUACAGUAAUAGGUAAAGGUCCCCAUGGUGAUAGAAAGCUCUCUUUUCCAAAGCACUGUGAAUGACUAGGAAAUAGCCCCACAGCUGUUGAAAGGGACUUGAUCUACGGCGGUUGCAGUAAAUAUCUCUACUGAGUUUUUAUGACAGAAAUCAUGCCUUGAGAUACACAAAACAUCCUUUAUAAUGUGUGUAAAUCAUAUCUAGAGGUCAUGUUAUCUAGAUGUCUGGGGGUGGCUUGUAUUUCAAACCAGGAUUCGCCCAGUUCCUAUUGGGUGUGUGUGUGUACAGUAAAGAUGCCAAAUCUAAAAAGGUAUUUUCUGGUAUUCCUUAGCCAUUAAUGCAUUGUUAAAGAGAGCACCUGCAACAUUCUGGAUUUGUACUACAGUGAUUUUUGUUCCUCCUUUGGAUAACACUAACAAAAGGCCAACCCACCUGCCAAAGGAAAAAGAUGAAUAAAAAUCAAAAACUGAUUUCAAAUGUAUUUUGUAUCGAACUUGAUUGACACAGGCACUCUUAAUACUGAUAGAUUGACUGUUAUCAUGGGUCUACUGGUUAUUUAAACUCUGAAUCAUCUUAUUUCACAAGGUAUUUUAGUAGGCAUUUAGUCAACUCCAACACAGUGUCUUUUCCCCCCAUGCAUUCAUAAAACAGUAUCAAACAAUAUGAAUCAAUCCAUUACAAUGCACCUUGUUCUUCCUAUUCACUUCCUGAUAGACCAUCUCUUAGUUUUUAACUUACAAAUAACAAUUAUUGUAUUGUUCCAAACCCAGGUAAGUACCGAUUAAUAUAGUCCUACCUUGUAUCAAAAGCUUAUGAAGUUUAAAAACCAAACUACCCCAACCCUACAGUCUAAAAAGCAUAGUAUUUGCAGUCCUUUAAAAAUAUGUCAUCAAAAAGGGAAAGUAUUCAAGUACUGUUUCCGAUAAAACAUUUAGGAGGGAGAAGUGUGCUUGUCAAAACCAGAUCGCCAACACAUACACACGCACCUUUCCUCCAUGGUAGGGCUGGGCGUUAUAACCAAAAUAUAAUGUAUUUAUUUUUUCUAAAUAUGUUUUAUGAAUAGUGCAUGACCCUAGAAUGGCAACAAAUGAAUUCUUAGUGAUUUUAAUGGGCUUUCUCCAUUCUAAUGGUUAUAUACUCAACCAAACUAGGACAAAACUGACAGUGAAGUAGUCCAAUUUGUAGAACCUUUCAUUUAAUAUAGCACUGUAUCAAAACACUGUUAUAGACGGUAUUGUAAAAAUCCAUAUCAGUAUGUGGAUCCAUAUCGGUAUUCACAAUAUAAAUCACCCAGCCCUCCUCCAUGGAUGUAGCAUUGUUACGACAGCAAAGGGACAACCAACAGU